GGAGACCUCGCCGAAGAUUCCAGUGGUGCGGGCUUGAAGUGCAGGCCCAACGGCGCCGCAGACGCUAGCUCCAUUCUGCUCCGGUCCGCGUCCCUCCCUGGGCCGGGCUGGCACACUUGUGUUUCUCUUCCCUCAUGGCGCUGCUCCGACGCCCGACGGUGUCCACUGAUUUGGAAAAUAUUGACACAGGAGUUAAUUCUAAAGCUAAGAGUCAUGUGACUAUUAGGCGUGGGGUUUUAGAAGAAAUUGGAAAUAGAGUUACAACCAGAGCAGCACAAGUAGUGAAGAAAACUCAAAACACCAAAGUAUCAGUUCAGCCCACCAAAGCAACAAAUGUCAACAAACUGAAACCUACUGCUUCUGUGAAACCAGUACAGAUGGAAAUGUUAGCUCCAAAGGAUCCUUCUCCCAUACCUGAGGAUGUCUCCAUGAAGGAAGAGAACCUCUGCCAAGCUUUUUCUGAUGCUUUGCUCUGCAAAAUUGAGGACAUUGAUAAUGAGGAUUGGGAGAACCCUCAGCUCUGCAGUGAUUACGUUAAGGAUAUCUACCAGUACCUAAGACAGCUUGAGGUUUUGCAAUCCAUAAACCCACAUUUCUUAGAUGGAAGAGAUAUAAAUGGACGUAUGCGUGCCAUCCUGGUGGACUGGCUGGUUCAAGUCCACUCCAAGUUUAGGCUUCUGCAGGAAACUCUGUACAUGUGCAUUGCUGUCAUGGAUCGAUUUUUACAGGUUCAGCCAGUCUCCCGUAAGAAACUUCAAUUGGUUGGGAUUACAGCUUUGCUCUUGGCUUCCAAGUAUGAGGAGAUGUUUUCUCCAAAUAUAGAAGACUUCGUUUAUAUCACCGACAAUGCUUAUACCAGUUCUCAAAUCCGAGAAAUGGAAACUCUAAUUUUGAAAGAACUGAAGUUUGAGUUGGGUCGACCCUUGCCAUUACACUUCUUAAGGCGAGCAUCAAAAGCUGGGGAAGUUGAUGUUGAACAACACACAUUAGCCAAAUAUUUGAUGGAGCUGACUCUCAUUGACUAUGACAUGGUGCAUUAUCACCCUUCUAAAGUAGCAGCAGCUGCUUCCUGCUUGUCUCAGAAGGUUCUAGGCCAAGGAAAAUGGAACUUAAAGCAGCAGUAUUACACUGGAUACACAGAGAAUGAAGUAUUAGAAGUCAUGCAGCACAUGGCCAAAAAUGUGGUGAAAGUAAAUGAAAACUUAACUAAAUUCAUCGCCAUCAAGAAUAAAUAUGCCAGCAGCAAACUCCUGAAGAUCAGCACGAUCCCUCAGCUGAACUCCAAAACCAUCAAAGACCUUGCCUCCCCUCUGAUGGGGAGGUCCUAGGCUGCCGCAGCUUCAUCCAUGCACUUUUUCUUACUGUUGUUGUAAAACUCUUGAUUUUGUACAUAGUCCUCUGGUCUAUUUCAAGAAACCUCUUCUCAGACUAAUUUUCUAAAUGUAUAUUGAGGAAAAAUAAAGCUAUUGAUUUUUCUUAAGG